UACGUUGCGUGACUGCGUGGUUGACUCGUUGUAGCAGACAGUAGUUGUCGGUAGUUGUCUCAUGUCUGCACUGCAGUGACAGAACUUAAUGAGCCUUUCGAAAUUCAAUUCGAAGUUAACUCGCUCACGUAGGCUAAUCACAAUAUGGGAGACACAAAUAAAAUUCUAGAAGUGUACACACUUCUAGAAAACAAUUAUGUCAUCAUACCCAAACAUAUAAAGAACAUAUUCAAUAAGUUAAAUUUAGUUGGGCUACGUGUUUGGGCUAACAUUCAAGAUUCUCAAUUUGUUGCAUACGAAGACGUAAUUAAAGAAAUAUUGGCUAAAGAUAAAAACUGUAAGACUAUGAAUGAAGAACAGAAAAAAGCUUUAUUUGGUGAAAUAUUUUGGAACAAUCCAGAAGAUUUUAAGUUUUUACCAGGCGAUAAAGCUGUGAUUGCUCAAAUGAGAGAAGUAUCGAAAGAACUUGUAAAGAAAAUGACUAAAGACAGAGAGCGAGUGCAAGCCAAACAAGCAGUUUGGCCGAUUAUUGAUAUUGAUGUGGAAAUCAAGGAAGAGCAUGAAAAAUCUGAAGUGGAUGAGAAAGGGCACGGAAUAUUGACUCCUUCAUCAAAAACCAAUGACUGUGAUAAAAGAGCUGAUCCCUUGACGUCAAUUUCUGAACCAAAUGUUAGCGUAUCGAGUGGUGAAACAAAAAUAGCCGAAACCGUGGAUGAAUCAGAAGCGAAUGCUACAAUCAGUCAGUCGGUUUAUGAAGUGUCCGGUCAAGAACCAGCUUCCAGUAGCAUCACAGCAGCAUCUGAUGAUUGGAAUUUACUGGCUUUACCUGAUAAUGAGCCUAAAACUAAUUACAGUGCUUCCAAAUCUGUUGGAAAUCACGAGUGGGCCAAAUCAGCAAAUGACUGGGAAGAAACAAACCGGACAACGCAAGAAAGUGGCCUGCCUGGCGUUUAUGGCAGUGAAAGUAAUAAUUCCAGGACUAAUCGGUUUAAUUACGCUCCGAGGUUUCAGAAAAGUGGGGGUAAAGGAAACCAUUGUUAUAAAUUCAAUAAAAAAGGACACGUGUCUUAUAAUAAUCCAAUUGGCCCAACUCGUCCAACUCGAGGAGGAGGUGGUGGUGGAAGCCCACGUCUUUGUUUUAAAUGCAACCAAGAAGGGCAUAUGGCUUACAAUUGUCCUACUGCUUCAACUGGAAGAAGGGGUGAAAGAAUUCCUCUGCCUCAAUCGGUAUUUGCGGAUUGGGGUACGUUAGCAGGUACACCAGCUACAAAAUCUUCGAGUGCUCUUGUCUCCUGGGAAAAUAAGAAUGAUUGGGGAUCAGCUCCAGACCAAGCCAGCAUUCCAUGGUCCACCGGUGCCAAAGCUGCUGCAGUAGAAGCGAGAAAUACUCCGAGAUCAAGUUACAAUGCAUCCAUUGGUUACAGUCAACCUGUAUUGGAUGAUUGGGGUAUCGCGAGCAAUUCAUCUGCACCUGUUACGAAAACUGCUAAUAAUUCUGUAGCCGAUGAUUGGGGGCCAGCUGUCGAUGCGUGGUCAAACUGGCCAUCUGUGAAAACUGCAAAAACCACCCCACGACCCGGAAAUAGCAGCGCUGCAAAAUCUGGCGGAGAUGAUUUGAAGACGUUAACUGUUAACUGGGAAUUUAUUUCUGGAUCUAAUACUGAGUGUAUUCCUCCCAAUGAUUUUGUGAUUUCCCGCCCUGGUCCGAAGCACGUCUUGAAUUCCGGUGCAAACGAUUGGGGAGUAGCAGCUGAUGUCAGUCAAAAUGGUUCACUUUUAAUCAAUAGAGCAUCAGCAUCGCCGAUCUUGUCACAAACAGAUUGGAAUGGUAUCGAAUCAGGAAAAGGGAUGACAAACAACCAAGAGUUAAGCCAAUCAAGAAUGAAUCCAGUUCCUUGGACUGGGACGAUAAAUCAUGGACGCAGGAGUUUCAAAGUCGACAUGAAAAGUUUAGACGUCAACGCCCCUUCUGUUCUUGCUGACUUGGAAAUGCCCAAAUCAAUGAGAGUUGUGGGCACAAUCGAACCCGAAAAAGUUUGGCCUUACUUGCGGAGAGUGAGCGAAUCGAUCAACGAAAGAAUCUGUGUUUUCCAAUUUACUCCAGCUACCAAUGAUGAAAUGAAAGGUUACGAAUUCUUCUACGAUGAAUUGAGCGGUAUGAACUGGUUUGCCGUUAUUGCUGACGCUUCAGAUUCAAAACUUCCUUGGAGUUUCAAAGACUUUUACGUCCUCCCAUUGGCCAAAGAUAGUCCCAUACCUUCGGAGUUGACCUCGUUUAUAAAAAAAUCUUUUGUGGAAAACCAGUCGUCCGAUUUCUUGUUGGGUGUUGUGGUGUUCAGAACUCAGCGUUUGGUAGAACAAUCCGGUUCAAACGCUGACGUUGAUCCAUCGGCUGCAUUUCCUGCGUCCCAAAAGUCGUAUAAUUCUUCAGUUGAGUUGAAUCCUGAAAGGAAUUUCGGAAAACCUGAUUGGACUACUGCAUUGGCUUCAACAACGUCGAGGGAAUCAUCAAAACCAAAUUUCAUAAUUCCCAAAUCAAGGCCGAAUUUCCUGGAUAGAUCACCAACUGUGGCAACGUCUUCAGUUAAACUAUCUGCUGACCCAACUACUUCCGUGGCUCACCAAGAAAUUCGGAAGGAGAAAGCCUUUUUAAAUAUGGUGAAUGUUAACAUUGCAACACAGAAGCCUACAUCCAUGCAUUCAGCAGACCUUGCUUCAAUUACAUCAAGAAAUAUUCGCAUCCCUGAUUUUGACGACAUGUAUUCAUCCCAAUCCGUGCAAGCUGCUUUCCCACCUUCAAAUUCGCACGGACCACUUACUCGGUCGAAAUUAAGAAAUAGUGCGGUUGUCAAAUCAAGCGUAUAUUCGACCGUAGUCCCAUUCAAUACUCAAAAUCCUGCUAGUGUAAAAGAUAUGGAGAAGAAAGUUACUAAGAGAAGCAAUCUAUCAAGAUCGACUUCAGUUUCUUCCCCCGUCGUAUCACCAAAGGUACAAAAGACUACUGACGUCGAUUCGAAGGUAACGGUAACCUCUCCCUCAAGUGCAUUAGUUGAUCACUCGUAUUCAGUCAAAUCAUAAGGCAAAAAAAAGUUAAUGAUUUGAAUGGUUGCAAAAAAAAAUCAUUCACAUUACCAAAUGUAGCUGUAGCCUACGUUUCUAUUAACUUACUCAAGCAGCUAUUGAUUUUCCCUGUACACCCUCGUGAAUCGUGAUACACUCUUGAGUUCUGCUUGAA